CUUCAAUUUCACACACACAUAUUUCCUCUCUCUCUAACUUUCUCUCUCUAAAAUGGAAGAUGAUCAAAGAGAACUACAACUACUACCAACACCCCAACACACCAGAACCCCCUAUGCUUCUCCCUGGCCGUCGGAUUCGAUGCGAUACCAAUCGGAUAACAUAAACUUCCCUUUAGAAACUGCUGGCCCAUCUUUGGACUUGCAGCUAUCCAUAAGUCUCCGGCCCAUCCAGCCGCAGCUGUCACAAUCUUUCAACUGCCAAGAAUCGGCUAAACCCGAUAACGGACGGCUCGAGUCGCUGAAAUGGCAAGCGGCGGAUCAAAUUCGGAUAGCGACAAUGGAGAAAGCGUAUGCGGAACGUGUAAGGGAGAUGACAAAACGUGAAAUGGAACUCGCGCAAUCGGAAUUCUCACGUGCGAGGCACAUAUGGGAGCGCGCACGCGAGGAGGUUGAGCGGGUUGAGAAGAUGAAAGAGCGGGCCACUCGACGGGUUGAUUCGAGUUGUUUGGAGAUUACUUGUCAAGCUUGCAGGCAAAAAUUUCGACAUUGAUAGUUAUCAGUGAAUAUUUUUAUUUAACUAAAUGAAUUUCAUAUUUUUUUUUUUGGUGUAUUAGGCGAGCUAGAAAUUAAACGAUCAGAAUUGUUCUGAUCGGGAAAAAAUAAAUAGGGUAAAAUGGGAAUAUGGUAAAGGGAGGGAUAAUAAAUUAAGGUGACAAUGGAACUUCACAAGCAAGAUUAUUUCUGUUUUCAUUUUAUUAUUUUAGAAUAGAAUUCUACUUUUUCUUUCUUAACCUGCA